GGACCAUCACCUUCCUGGAAUCUCUAAGGUUUCCUGCUCUUUGUGCCCUGGUUACCAGCCCUACUAAGUCAGCUGAGAUGGAAGUGCCCACCUCUGAAACUCUUAAACCUACUCCUGAUUUCAGUCAAGAGUCUUUGGACCCUAAGAUUGUCAUUGCCUUCUUUCAAAGUGGAUCAUUUCUCCCUUCCUUAAAUAAUAGCUGCCAUCAAGAAAUUCAACAACAGGCUGCAAAGAAGUUUGAAAAUCUCUUCAAAGAAAUGAAAGAUACUCUUAAAAAUAUGACAAAUUAUGAAAAGAAGAUGGCAGAAACAAGAAAAUAUUAUGAGGAAACAAGUAUCUCUGAGACUGCAUCAGAAUUUGAAGAAAAUAUUGGAGGACUUGAUAAAAUAAAUAAAGUGCUAUUGGAAAGCCUGCUUAGUUGUUCAGACCUAGAUGAAGACCAGAAUGCAAUGAAACAGGAGAUGAUGUUGGAAAACCAGUACUCAAAGAACGCAGUACGUGGUUUGGCAAGAAAUUUGGUAAAUCAUCCAGAAGUAAAAAGAGCUGUUAAUGAAAUUCAGUCAAGUAGGGGAAAAGCAGAGUACAGAUUUCAUCAUGUUCCAGAGGAAAAUAUCGAACUUAGGAACAACAUGGAGCAGUUACUACAGGAAGCAGAACACUGGAGUGUGCAACAUGCUGAGCUCAGUGAACUAAUAAGGUUGUACCAGAAAUCUCAGAAUGACAUAAGAGUAGCCCUUGAACAUAAAGGAGUCCAUUUCCAAACUCAACUGAAUAACAAGGUGUCAGUUAAUUGUGAACUGGAGGAACAGGUGAGGAAACUGAAACAUGACACGUAUUCGUUACGUUUGAUUUUAGCUUUGCUGGAGAAUAAAUGCCAAAUCUUACAGCAGAGGGUAGAGCUUCUCAAGAAACUCUAUCACCUGAAAGAUGCAACUCAAGAGAAGCCAAUCCCUAUGACCUAUGUACAGGACAAGAAAGAACAGAGGCUAUUAGAAGCACAGAAGGUAGAAAGGUAUAAGCAGAAAAUGCAAGGCUUGGAAGGUACAUUUCAGAACAGAAUCAAGUCCCGUAGAGGCCUGGAUUCUUGUCGUAGUAGGAAAGCUCGUAAUAAUAGAUUCAAUACUUGUCUUGCAAGAGCUCUUCUGGGAAAAAAGAGGCUAGCAAUCUAAUAUAGAAAAUACCAAAAGUACAAAAAAAGGAAAUUCUUC